AUGGACGACCAUUAUCUGACUUUAAAUGACACAGAUGAGCUCCUGCCACCGGGGUAUUACACUGUAAAUGCAAUGAUUGCUACAUUGUGGUCGUUGAUAUCCGCUAUAGGUAUCUCAGGAAAUGUGAUAAAUCUUUUGAUUAUUCCCCGCGUUCAAGCCGAUGGAGGAACAAAAGUUUUCCUGACUGUUCUGUCAAUAGCAGACCUCUUGACCGCCGUCUGUUUGGCCACUUCAGUCAUUACACCUAGGGUAGGAUGGACAGGCAGCACUGCUUGGGAUGUUCUGAGCAAUGCAUGUUUCGUUUUAGGAACCUGGUCUUCAGUGACAAGUGCAGUGCUUAUAUUUGCCGUGAACCUUGAUCGAUAUCUUCACGUUGUGAAGCCAUACAGAUACCAUGAUAUUAUCACCAAGAGGAGGGCUCUCGUUUUUUCACUUCUGGUUUCCAUCUCAAUCCUAGUCAUUGGAUUAGUCGUUAUGAGACUUUCGGACAAAUCGUUCGACGACAUUGGUUUUCUCGGCAAGAAUAUCCUCUAUGUACUUGAUGUUCGUCACCGAAUAUACCUGGUCACUCUCAUUGGUAUGUGGCCGCUAGAGGUUCUUGUCUUGGCAAUGUAUUCCCGCAUGUUUUGCAUUGUGCGGAAUCACGCAAGGGUGAUAUCAGCACAAGAGAAUGCUGCGAUGCGAAUUAGAACCCUCAGCAGCAGAGUCAGUCAUUCCCAUUCGUCCGGACCCUUCCAAGAGCGUCGGAAAGCACCUCAAGUCGCCACAUCGUUAGGAAGUGUGUCCGAUAUCAGCCCAACGUCUUCUAGACUUGAGAACGAGGUCGUGCUCAGACCAAAGAACUGGCGUCAACACGGUCGAUUCCCAGACUUAAAGAAACAAAAGAAACAUUCGCAUCACAAUAUCCGGAACCUCCGUACCACAUGCUUAGUUACUGGCUGCUAUAUGGUGUUGUGGCUGCCAUUUACAAUAUUAGUGGCCAGGGCGGUGUAUUCAAAGAGAACCCCUCACGAUAUUAGCCUAUUAGUAACCUAUACAGUGGGGAAAGGAAAUUGCUGUGUCAAUUGUUUUGUGUACAUGUUCUCGAGGCAAGAUUUCAAGUCUGCUCUUCGAUAUCUGUUUCGAUGCAGGUAG